AUGUCCUCGGCGGCGCUCAUCAACGUCGACGACGAUGCCCUGGAGCCGACCCUCCAGUCGAUCCUCGACCAGCGCUCUCUGCGGUGGAUCUUCGUCGGAGGAAAGGGUGGUGUUGGCAAGACGACCACCUCGUGCUCCCUCGCCAUCCAGCUGGCCAAGGUCCGGCGCAGCGUCCUGCUCAUCUCAACAGACCCGGCGCACAACCUGUCAGAUGCCUUCUCCCAAAAGUUCGGCAAGGAGGCGCGUCUAGUGGAGGGCUUCUCGAAUCUGAGCGCCAUGGAGAUCGACCCGAAUGGUAGCAUUCAGGACCUGCUGGCAGGACAGGGCGAAGACGGUGCUGACGCCGCGGGAAUGGGUGGUAUGGGAGGCAUGAUGCAGGAUCUUGCCUUUGCUAUCCCGGGUAUUGACGAGGCCAUGUCCUUCGCCGAGGUCCUCAAGCAAGUCAAGUCCCUAUCCUACGAGACGAUCAUCUUCGACACCGCGCCGACCGGUCACACACUCCGCUUCCUGCAGUUCCCCUCGGUGCUCGAGAAGGCUCUCGCCAAGGUCUCCCAGCUCUCCAGCCAGUACGGGCCCCUGCUCAACGGCUUCCUGGGGUCCAACGGCGCCCUGCCCAACGGGCAGAACCUCAACGAGAUGAUGGAGAAGCUCGAGUCGCUGCGGCAGACGAUCGGCGAGGUCAACACGCAGUUCAAGGACGAGAACCUGACGACCUUUGUGUGCGUCUGCAUCCCCGAGUUCCUGUCGCUGUACGAGACGGAGCGCAUGAUCCAGGAGCUGGCCAGCUACGGCAUCGACACCCACUCCAUCGUCGUCAACCAGCUGCUGUUCCCCAAGCCCGGCAGCGAGUGCGAGCAGUGCAACGCUCGCCGCAAGAUGCAGAAGAAGUACCUCGACCAGAUCGAGGAGCUGUACGACGAGUUCAACGUCGUCAAGAUGCCCCUGCUCGUCGAGGAGGUGCGUGGGAAGGAGAAGCUGGAGAAGUUUAGCGAGAUGCUAGUGAACCCAUUUGUCCCGCCGCAAUGA